AUGCCGGCGCUCAGGGCACAGCGAGGCCAAGAUGACCGCCUUUCUGCUCCAGCCGCUGCAGCAGGCCGACGUUCUUCAGGGAGCGUCCCCGCCCCGACGCGCGGGUCCCCGCCUCCCGCGGCCGCACCGCCCCCCGGCUCCGCCCGCUCAGCCCGGCUAACGGUCGGCGCGGCCUGCCACGAGGGAGCGUCCGCGGCCCGCGCAGAGCCGCGCACCAAGCCGAUGGCGUGGACGCAGUCGGGUCCCGCGGUCUGCGCGCGGGCAGGCGCGCGUGGGCGUGUCUCCCUGGCCCACGCGUGUCCCCGGCAUCAGUGUCUCGGCUCUGGUCCAGGACGAAGACUUCUGAAAGCGAGCCAAGAAGACUCAGCUACUGUUCCCCGGUUUCCUGAGAUCUGUUUCCAUCGAGAUGCAAAGGACACAGAGCUCACGGGUGCUCCUCACGGGUGUUCCAGCGAUGCUGGUGUCAUGUUUGGACUGCAGUCACUGCAAAGGAGAAAAAAAGAUGACAAGCAUCCACAUAGACUGUUUGAUUCUCUAUAUUACAACUUCCCAAUAGAACAGUUCUUCCUGAGAAAUCUAUCAGUGCAGUUCAGACUCUGGAAGCAAAUGACCUCUCCGGGCAGAGCCUUCACCGUGUGGGGAACAUCAGAUUUGUGUAAGGUGACAGGAGUCUUAACAGCACGUCCAAACUUCAAAACAAAGCAGUGGACUCUAGCAACAUUUCCAUUCUGUAGACAGGAGCAUGGAACCGGCAGGGAGAAAGACACAUACAUGAAGAUUGGCGGUCAGACGACUCAUCCUUACAGCUGCCUUAAAGUUCUUUUGCACAACGCAGACACUCCCACACCGUCCCACAUUUGCCGAGUGGAGAAAACACUAAGACACAAGGUUCCAUUUGAUGGCAAGAGAGUCCUCUCAGGAAAAAGAAUUUGUUGGAAACAGCGUACAGACUACAGCUUCCACACCGAGCUUGUGAGCCAUGAGUGCAAACUGGAGGUAAGCAUCUCGCAAGGGGACACAAUCAGGGGCAUCGUGGUGGACAACCUGGGGACGAGGAGAGGGAACUUGAAGCACAGGGACAAGGUGUGGCUGAUGGGGCCCGAUAAACGCCGGACAAAAAGCCCACUGUAG